AACACCAAGCCCACCUCCGAAGCCUGAGCCAAUAGCGAAAACGCAUUACUACACUACUACACGGGGCAAUUGGCAAUCGACCCAAGCUUUUUUAGACAGCCACUUGACUGACUUCUUGUCCGCCUUGCUCUUUUCACGAACCGUGCACGGACCGGCCCACUUUCCGGUUGAAUGUUUUGUUUGCUUCGGCUUGAACGCGGUUGACGUAUAGGUAGAGCUUUUUUGUUUCGGAGAACCAAGAGCGGAGGCAAUUGCGCGGCCCUUUAUCAAGCUUCGCAAGAAGAGAUGUUGUUUCCCCCCCUCCCCCUGUAAAUAUAUUAGGUUGCGGAUCCUGAAACGGGACCAGCCACACGGCAACUUCCGCCUCACGGAAAACUUCCGCGAGGACAUUACUCGGGUAUCGAAGAUUCUGUUUUAACCGCUUUCGAUGGUUUGUGAUAUAGGAAACGGCAGUUCAACGAUUGGCUGAGCUUGGGAAUCCCUACGGACGCGCAUGAAUCGAUCGCGAUUCAGCUUCCUGUAUGGUGAGCUGUUGCUAUGCUGAGCCACGCGCUCUGCCACUGAAAGUUGGGUCACCCUGGGUUUUCGGCAUGGCAUUGUUGCUUGGUAUUUCACAUGCUUGUGUCAUGUCCACUUGUAUGUUCACGGCAAAUGCUUUUCUCGAAAACGUUUAUCCGUUUCUCCUCUAGGGGAAGGAAUAGGCGUGCUAUAUGAUCUCAAGUCGAGUUAUGACCCUUGCAUCAAUUCAUCUAUCUUUUGCCGUUACCCGGGAAAUUUCAAAAUUGUUUCCUGGCUACGCCUCCUCUUUGUAGUAGACAUCACAUUCACUCUUGAUACUGUCUAGCCAUUUUUUCUUUUUCGUGAAGCCAUGCAGAUAUCAGGAGCGAUCUUUAUCAGCCUUCAACCAAACAGUCCGCAUUUCUGCAUGGCGCAUCGGUAUGUGGAGAUGCUCCAGCUUCACUCGCGGAUCUCAGAGAUGACCGAAUUAUAUUUUUCUCUAUAUCAAGCGAGUGUGUAGCUACUCGUCGUGAACGGCCCAUCUUUCCAAGGGGCGGGCGGAGCUUUCUCUCCUUCACGAUCUGGAGAAUUCCUAGACGCUGCGUCUAGCUUCGUGGAACGACCCGCUCUUUCAGAUCCCUGGUCUGGUGGAGGCACGGCAGAGUGGAGUUUGCAUGGAACUGAGAGGGCACUGCGUAUCUCUUUUUUUUUCUCUCUGCACCCGAUGUUUGCUCCGAAAGUUUUAAGAGUCAUGACGAGCACUGGAAAUCGAGUGGAGUGCUGAACAGAAUGAUGCCUGGUGUCUUCAGCUCACCAACAGACCUUGAUAUAUGGGAGGACUCAUCCCGCCAUGAGCCAUAUCAACUGUCAAAUGUGGUCUAGACCAAGCCAAUCCUUGUGUUUCUGGCCCGACAUUCACCGUAUAAGGAAGGCACAAAGAGAAAGUCUUCGACCUGUAGAACGGACAAGGGAUUGCGUCACCCUCCCUACAUGAGCCGAGCCGAGUAGACUUGGGGUUCCCAAGCCCCUGAAAUGUCAAAGUAGCGGCAGAUGUUCUGGCCCCAUCAAACAUGCGGUGACAUGGAAGUGGCAGGUGGACUUCUCGGAGCCCAUAGGCAAAUCACAAUGUUUGUAUUAAGUGUUUGGCGGUUGUGCUGAACCUCACAAGUCGUGAUGACCUCGCAUAGUCGAACGCGUAUACGCAAUUUCGACUUGCGUGGAGUUGAAGCCGUGUCCAUCAGUGACAUCUCUAUCGACUGUUCUUACGUGAUCUAGACCGUUACAAUCAGUGCGAUCCAGCACAGCGCAAAGUACAAGAAUCACAGCAGUCACUUCAAGGACUCAAGGCUGAGGCUCACGAGCACAUGUCAAUCUCGAUCAUGGAGAAACAUUGUACGUCUUCCCCGACCAUGACAUAUCUCUACAGUUCAUCCCUAGCCUCGAUUUCUUCCUCCCUUUUCCUCCUUUACCUCACCCCCCUUCGCCUCCCUACACCAACUCAAUCCAUUCUCCACUACACUCACCUAACCCACCUUGUUCCAAUAACUUUCAGGAUAACCAUAUUU